AUGUUUCUCUGUCGAAAAUUAACCAAAAUCGAUAAAAUGUUUGGAAAACUAUCGGAAGUUUUGCAAACGGCAGCCGACGUGCUUGCGCCACCACCGACUGCAUUGCAGGAUUUUGAUUAUCAUUACCGGUUGGUGAAAAACUUCUACAUCGCCGAAAAAACCUUACCAAAGAUACACAUAAACGAUACCAACAUUCCAUCGCACCUGGACCAGAUGCUGCAAAUACUAAUACGUGAAGAGCAACUAUUGGAGGCUUCAUCGAAAGCGGAAACCAUCCCUGCAUUGGAUGCAUCGUCGAGCAGCUUGGAAAUGUCACCGAAACCCAAUCUUACACCACCAAAGGCAGAGUGUAUGGAAUUUGUUCUCAGCAACCGACCGCUUGAUGUGCUGAUCGAGUUUGCCGUCAACGAUACACCGCCCGGGGCGCGCUAUAUUAUACUAAACUGGGUCCGACGAUUCCUUUCCUGCCUGAAGUGUCCACCGCUCGGCCAUGCCAGUAUUUUCCAACCCGUGCAACGAUUGGUUGAAAUCUGCAACGGCACAUUUGCUUCUCCUUACGAGCGAGAGGAAAUACUGUUCCUUGAAACGGUGGCCGGGCUAGUGCGCAAGGAUUCAAUACUGGUCAAUCUGUUCCUAAAGUCUCAUCACCAUUCCGCACAAAUGUUGGCUAACUGGAAGGGGUUAGGCGUAAAUAAGGCACCAGUGAAUAAUCCACUGUUUGUAAGCACGAAAAUUGAAUAUGAUACUCGGCGAAUCUCGCUAGUUGCGGAAGAUGCUGCAGGUCCGUCAACGAAUGAGGCUGUGCGUGGAGAAAAUGACAAAAGUCAAACGGCCGAAAGUACCGACGGAACCGAUGGUACAUGCGAAUCCGAGAGCUGUGACUGUGAUGAAGAAGAUCAUUUUAGUCUGUUUGAUGCAAUCGUCAGUUAUCUGGACAGCGCAGAUAGUACCAUAGUCGUACGAGCGUGUGAAGGUGUGCUCAUACUAGCGUCAUUACCGACGCUACAGCAAUCCUGCAAAGCUAUACGGAACACAAUCAAUCGCUUUGCUACCAUGAUGGCUGGCCGGCUUGCGUCAAACUGUCAGCAAAUUCCGGAAGACAUGGACACAGGUGAUAUCGAAGAUGCCAACGUAACGUGGGGAUUGUUCCCGCGAGAUCCCGAACAACCACACUACAUUGGACGCUACCAGCUAACGGCCUUCCUCUGUUGGUUGGAUUACUGUGAUUGCUUGCUGAAAGAAAGCGAACUACUAGUACCCGAGCUAGGGUCGCGUAUACGCGAUGAAAUGUUGAUCAACUAUAUCGAACCAGCGCUGGUCGGAUGUUACGCUCCCUUCAUGUUGGUACUGACGGCAAAAAUCAUCAAAAAGACACAAUCGAAAGCGCUGCUCGAUGAGAUUGCGAAUUGGUUGAUCGGUGAAGACGAACUGAUGGAUGUUAACAACUGUCUACUAACGAUUCUACUAGAAAAUGCCCAUGAAAAUACGGACAUUCUUCUGCCGACGUUACAGUUCGUUGAGUCAAUGUUGGACAAUCCACACGAAAAGAUCCUUCACGGGAUGCUGUUUUUCUACAUCAACAACCGAGGUUAUUACGAUGGAAGUUCGCAAACCAUACAAUCGUGGUCUGACGAGGAGGACAACCGUGAACGACGGCGAGGCAGCGCUGAUGAUCCAAUUAAAUCACGCACCCUGGCCCCUAGCAAUAUAUUGCGGGUCAUUAACCACUUCCUAUUGCUAUUGCCAAGGCAAAUCAUCAACGAUGCCGGCGGUAUCUGCUACGAGGAAUAUAUGCAGGACGCAAACCGCCAUUACCAGACGUGGAUAAAGAAAACGCACGGUUUUAGCUGGCCGGUAGAAGCAAUCUGGCCGAACAGCGGUGAAUCGUCACCUCUUGCAGGCACCAGUGUCGAACCAACAAUGUCCACGUGCGCGAUGGGCCAUAUGACGAUAGUUCCGCUUCCCCCAAUGAAGCAACCGAAAAAACAACGAAUCAAACAACACACCACUGAUAGCCAGGCGAGCAACGAUCUAAAAACGUGCGGCGACAGUGGUAUAUCUGAGGAAAGUUUCUACGAAGGCCCGCUACUUAAGCUUCUAUUCUCACACGUAAAGCAGAUGAAUACGCAACCGUAUGAGCUAAACCUGGCCGUGAUUGCAAUCCUUUCCAAGCUGGCACUGUUUCCCCAUCCAUACUUGCACGAGAUUCUGCUGAAUCCGGAAAUUCCAGUGGCAGCCGGUGCCACGACCCUUUGGUCUGUGAUGCAAUUCCUUGCCCGGCAGUUGCUGACGGAAAUUCCGCGCGUGGAAGGAUUUCAGGAGAAGAUCAAGGAAACGGGACGAAGAUUACUGUCCAACCCACCGCUCUAUCACAAAGACUGCGAAAACGGCGAACCUUCUUCGGGGAAUAGCUAUUCUGCUUCAGGUUUACCAAUUGAAGAGGAGGACGAAAUCAACGAUCCUGUGUUUGAGUCGAUCGUUGUGUUAGAAGAAUUUUGCAAAGAGCUGGCAGCGAUCGCGUUCGUAAAGUACCAUCAUGCGAAGGAUUAA